AACAGGUACAGCACAGACAGCAGCACUGCGAGCUUCCCCACAGUGUCUCGUCCCUGUGUCUCAGCCCUGUUCUGGAGGAACCACCUGUUGAGACCCAUUCCGAAGAGAGACCGUUCCAGUGUGAGGAAUGCAAAGCCCUGUUUCGGACCCCAUUCUCUCUACAAAGACAUCUGUUAAUCCACAACAGUGAGAGGACCUUCAAGUGUGAUCACUGUGAUGCUACUUUCAAAAGAAAGGACACAUUAAACGUUCAUAUUCAAGUUGUGCAUGAUGGACACAAGAAAUACAAGUGUGAUCUCUGUGACAAAGCUUUUGUGACACCCUCAGUUCUGAAAAGUCACAAAAAAACUCACACGGGAGAAAAAGAGAAGAUUUGCCCGUACUGUGGACAGAAGUUUGCAAGCAAUGGAACACUGAGAGUUCACAUUCGAAGCCAUACAGGUGAGCGUCCUUACCAGUGUCCUUACUGUGACAAAGCUUUCAGCAAGAACGAUGGUUUGAAGAUGCACAUUCGCACGCACACAAGGGAAAAGCCGUACCAGUGUUCCGAGUGUAACAAGGCUUUCAGUCAGAAGCGAGGCCUGGAUGAGCACAUGAGGACCCACACCGGAGAGAAGCCGUUUCAGUGCGAUGUUUGUGAUCUGUCCUUCAGCCUGAAGAAAAUGCUGAUCCGACACAAGCUGACUCACAACCCUAAUCGACCGAUGGCAGAAUGCCAGCUUUGCCACAAGAAGUUUACAAGAAAUGACUACCUCAAAGUGCACAUGGAAAACGUCCACGGAGAAACGGACAGCUAAUUGCAGCGUGUGUGAGAAGAACGGCUCUCACCUUCCCCAGUGCUCCAGUUGCACGUGUACAAACUGCAGGCUUCUCACCUAACGAGUAAGGCGUAGUCAGGGGAAACAACUGUAAUGUGUUCAGGUGUUGUCUUCCCUACUUUUAAAAAAAGAUACUAGUAGGAUAAAAAACCAAAGAAAGACAUUCACUUCAAGUCAAACAUAGCUUUAAAAUAAAAAGUUGAA